AUGGAUGUCGAAGAGUCGCAAGCUGCGCCGUCCGAGGACGUGCCGAAUCUCUUCGCCGCCAAGCGCCCGGCUUCUGAAGAACUAGAGACCGCAUCAAGUGCGAAAAGAAUCAAGACCUCGAAUGAUGAUGACUCCAUGGAGACUGAUGCGCGACCUCAGGAUACAGUCGCGAGAAUCCCUUUCCCGGACAAGCCCGCUGUUCUUGAGGAGCGAAACGGCGAUAUUGAAUUUCGAGUUGUCAACAAUGAUGGCGCCAGAGAGAGCAUGAUUAUCCUUACCGGCCUCAAAUGUCUUUUCCAGAAGCAACUUCCGAAAAUGCCAAAGGACUACAUCGCACGCCUUGUUUACGAUCGAAAUCAUCUGUCUAUCGCAAUUGUUAAGAAACCAUUAGAGGUUAUCGGCGGUAUAUCAUUUCGAGAAUUUCGAGCCCGCAGAUUCGCCGAGAUUGUCUUUUGUGCUGUCUCAUCAGAUCAACAAGUGAAAGGUUAUGGCGCGCACCUUAUGGCUCAUUUAAAGGACUAUGUUAAAGCCACUUCCCCGGUAAUGCAUUUCCUUACCUAUGCUGAUAACUAUGCCACUGGAUAUUUCCAAAAGCAAGGUUUCACAAAAGAGAUUACUCUCGAGAAGUCUAUUUGGAUGGGGUAUAUUAAAGAUUAUGAGGGAGGAACGCUGAUGCAAUGCUCUAUGUUGCCUCGAAUACGUUAUCUCGAAGUUGGUCGCAUGCUUCUUAAGCAGAAGGAGACAGUCCUCGCCAAGAUUCGACCUCUAAGCAAGAGUCAUGUCGUGCAUCGGCCUCCACAACAAUGGGCUAAUGGUGUUAUCACCCCAAUCGACCCGCUUUCUAUUCCUGCUAUUCGGGCAACUGGCUGGUCCCCAGACAUGGACGAGUUAUCAAGGCAACCGCGCCACGGACCUCAUUUCAACGAGAUGAGGCGGUUUUUAUAUCAAGUUCAAAACCACAAACAAGCAUGGCCUUUCCUCAACCCAGUCAAUAAGGACGAUGUUCCCGACUACUACAACGUCAUUACAUCACCAAUGGACUUGUCGACGAUGCUGGAAAGAUUGGAGCAUGAUUAUUAUGCAACCCCAAAGGAUCUUGUCAGUGAUCUCAAGUUGAUCUUCAGCAAUUGUCGCAAAUACAAUGACGCAACGACUGUCUAUUCCAAGUGUGCCACCAAAUUGGAAAAGUACAUGUGGGGCCUUGUCAAAGACAUCCCUGAGUGGUAUAACUUGUUGGAGGAGGAGGAAGAAGAGUAA